CACAUAUUAUUGGGCUCCUUUCUCGCGACCGGUCGCUUAAGCGACGUUCAUUGGUUGUUGACAGUUCCAGGUUAGGAACAGGAUGUUGUGUGUGUGUGUUGCAGGUGUUCCUAUCAGUUUAGUACCCGUUUCAUACCUUUAGCUGUCCCUCAGGCGGCAGCAGCUUCACUAAGGUAAUGUCUGCUGCUGGUAUGCGCUGUCCGACCUGCGGUUCCACAAACAUUGUAGACGAUGACCUGUACUCUCAGGCUCAGCUGGUGUGUGUGGACUGCGGCUCUGUGGUGUCCGAGGGAGUCCUGGCUAAUGAUCCAGUGGGAGGUUCAGAUGUCAGCUUCAGUCGAACCACUGCUGUUGCCAAAAGGCCGUGCACAAACCUGAUAAAAGGUCAGCAGCGUGUGAAAGCCAUAUGUCGGAUUCUCAUGGUCAACAGGGAGAUUGAGGAUCUCUCACAGACAUAUUACAAGAUGGCCUAUGAGCAUAAAGCUUUCCUCAAAGUGAGCCUUCAGAAGAAAGAGAUUCUUACUGGUUGCUGUGUGCUUCUAAGCUGCAGGCAGCUCAAUUGGCCCAUUACUGUGGGAACCAUCAGCUGCCUGCUGGAUGCCGACUCGAUGGCGGUGGGAGCGAUUUAUCAAGAAAUGGUCAAGAACCUCAGCAUCGAGGCCCCGAUCAUCAACGUCACUGAUGUAAUAGAAGCUCACUGUCAUGAAUACAAAAUUAGCUCACUUGAUGUUCCUGAAGAAUUGGCUGAGAAUUCGAGGGACCUGACCAAACGAGCUGUGGCCCUGGUAGAGCUGGCAGCAGAUUCCUGGAUUGUGACUGGCCGUAAGCCCAUCCCCAUAAUGAUGGCAGCGACGUAUUUGGCCUGGCAAUCCUUAAAACCCAACAAGCAUCGCCUGAAAUUCUCCCUGGACAAGUUCUGUCAGGUUGCCAAAGUGAAAAAGCUCAAGUCUGCUAUGAAGAGAGUAGCUGAAAUCAAAGAGGUGUUGUGUAAGCUAGGCAAGGAAAUACCCUGGGUCAGGGAAACAGUGACACCGGAUAAUGUUAUUCAGCUGGUUGAAUGCAUUCUGCAGAACAGGUACGCCCUGCUAAGAAGGGCUAUGAGAACCCACGAGGACGCUCUGUUGGAGGAGAGUCAAGCCAGCUGUGCUGAGGCUCCACCUGAGGGGACUGCUUCCUCCCAAAUCUCUGAGUGUGCAGAUCAGACUCCAAUUACGUCUUUUGUGAAACAAAAUGGGUCGAAUUCUGACGGGAAAGAGAAGCCAGGAGAUGUAGACUAUAAUCCACGUGUACUGCCAGAGCACAGCGACACUCGGGAGAGUCAAAAUCCACCUCCAAACUGGGGUAAAAGAGUUCUGUUUGCUCCUCCAUGUGUCAUUAAUGCUAAGAAAAGGAGAGCGGUGCAGCCUGAACACACGGAUGUGACUGGUGAUGAGGAAAUCUCUGACAGUGAAAUUGACUCAUACAUUCGCACACCUCAGGAGGCUCGAGACUUCGCUUUAAUGCAGCAGAUGCUGUCUUUGUCUGACAGUGCUAAAUCAUAACCGAGCCCAGUGACUGGUUCUUCAGAGAUGGCUGGCAUAUUUAAGUUUAUGUGCACUUUCUUUUUUUUUUUUUAUGACUGUUGAACUCAGGAUGCAGACAUUUUCGUUGGCUUGAUUAUAUAACCUAUUCAUCUAAUUUUGUACAGUCUACAUAAGGGGCUAUGUCUUUUGUGUUUGUACUUUAAAAAGCUUCACUCAGCACUUGAAAGUGUAGCAUGAGGAAGUUAAUGUGUGUAAAUAUUUUGUUUUAAUGGAAAUGUGAUUAAAGCAAAGGCCUGAUUAAAAGGAUGCACCAACUUCACCGUGUACAUUUUAUGAUUUUUGGAUGGCUUUUCUGUUUGUUCUUUUAUAUUAGAGCUCUUAUCAGUGAAAUAACACAUGGCUAUAAAUAGAGCAAUUACUGCUGAGUCCACAGCAAACAAACAUAAAGAAAGUAAUAAACAAAUGUAAGUGAAAUCUAAGGAUGUGUUUGAGUAGAGCUCUGGUAAUUAGUCAAAUAUACACUCACCAGCUAUUUCUUUACUUACACCUUGCUAGUACUGGAUUGAUCCACUCAAAUGUCAGAUUUAUUAAAGCAGAGCUCAACGGUUUUGUGUAAGAGGAAAAUGUUUGAAAUACUUUUUAUUGGAACUUGUUUGUACAUUCUUCUAUCUUUGAUAGCAGUUUCCAUUUCAAAGGUCCUAUUUGGGUUAAUCCAUGAGGGGAUUACCUGCAGGUGAACUUCCCAAAACAAUCGGCUUUGUUGCUAUAUUGAGAGAAAGUUCAAAAGUAUAGAAGUAGCAGACAUGCAUUUGCAUUCUCAACCUCUGUUGGAUUUCAUUAAGUAUUUACUUCCUCUUCAACAUUUGUAGUGAUGAAGAUAGACCUCUAAUGGUGCUUUUGCACAGGACACUGCAUCCUCUUUACUUGCUGCUUUAUUUGGUGCAUUGUUUAAGGACGCUGUAAAUAACAAAGCAAAAUAGUCAGGUUUUAAAACUAAUACUGGUAUUUUUUGUUCUGUAUGAAAACUGUCUAUUCCUCAUUGCCCUAAUUAGAAGCUUUAGAACAGCAACUGGCCACUUCAUUAGUUACACGUUGCUGGCACCCAGGUGAACCUUUUGCCUUCAGAACCUCCCUAAUGCUUUGUGGCAUAGAUUCAACAAGAUGCUGGAAACAUUUCUCAAAUUUUGGAGGCUAUUUAAAAGCUUAUCGUCAUGUUCAAGAAGACUGUGGUCCUAAAGGGCUAGACAUGGUCAGCAACAACACUGAGGUGGGUUGUGGAGUUUAAAUGAUGCUCAAUUGAUAUUAAGGGAUCCCCACACCAUUACAGCACCACCAAAAGGUUGAAGCAUGGUAGAGGCAUGUUUUUUAUGAUGAGAGAUCAGAUGAGGUAGCACAUUUUUCCAGUCUUGUCAUGUCCUGUUUGAAUUGUAGCCUCGGUUUUCUGACCUUAGCUGUCAGGAGUGGCACCGGUGUGGUCUUCUGCUGUUGUAGUACAUCUGUUUCAAGAUGCUCUUCUGCAUAUGUUGGUUGUAACAAGUUCUUCCUAUAAACUUACCAUUCAUGUUUAUUAAGUUGAAUUG